UCAUCUUGUUGCGCGCGCCCCCGCCGCCGCCUACCUGCCCGCAACAUGGCUACUACCGCCGACGAUGACUUCUACGGCACCGAGAAGAGCUUCGGCCGCGACUCGCAAGCCUCUGCCCACUAUGGCCAAUCUUCCAUGCACCGCGAUGGCAUCGGCCGCCGGGUCCUGGAUUCUUUCCGCCGCGAUCCCAACUUGAACACGGCCCUGACGCAAAAGAUGUCGCUGGGUGCUGAUGGCAAGACCUUCGAUGUCGAGAGCGCCGCUGUCAACACCGCCAAUUCACCGCUGGUUAGGCGCCUCAAGGGCAGGCACUUGCAGAUGAUAGCCAUAGGAGGCUCCAUCGGUACUGGCCUGUUCGUCGGUUCUGGUCAGGCGUUGGCUCAGAGCGGCCCCGCUUCUCUCGUCAUUGCAUACUGCCUGGUUGGCAUCAUGAUGUACUGCACCGUCCACGCCCUGGGCGAGAUGGCCGUCCUGUUCCCCGUCGCCGGCUCCUUCUCGUCCUACUCGACCCGCUUCUUGGAUCCCGCUUGGGGCUUUGCCAUGGGUUGGAAUUACGCCCUCCAAUGGCUCGUUGUCCUACCUCUGGAAAUUGUCGCCGCCACCUUCACCAUCAACUACUGGAAUCAUGGAGCCGUCAACAACAAUGCUUGGGUCGCCAUCUUCUUAACCCUCAUCGUGGUUAUUAACCUCUUUGGGGUCAAGGGUUACGGCGAAGCAGAGUUCGUUUUUGCCAUCAUCAAGGUCGCCGCCGUCAUUGGCUUCAUCAUCCUGGGAAUCAUCAUCAACAUUGGCGGUGGUCCCAACGGCACUUACAUUGGCGGCAAGUUGUGGGUCAAUCCCGGCGCCUUCAACAACGGCUUCAAGGGCCUCUGCAGCACUUUUGUGAAUGCUGCCUUUGCCUUUUCUGGAACCGAACUCGUCGGCCUCGCAGCUGCCGAAACCGCCAACCCCCGCAAAUCGCUCCCUACCGCGGUCAAGCAGGUCUUUUGGCGCAUCACUCUCUUCUACAUUGUCUCGCUCCUUCUUGUCGGCCUGUUGGUUCCCUUCAACGACCCGCGCCUGCUCCAGAAGGAUAACAAUGUCGAUGCCGUAGCGUCGCCCUUUGUCAUCGCCAUCACCAAUGCCGGUAUUGAAGGCCUCCCCUCCGUCUUCAACGCCGUCAUCAUGAUCGCCGUACUUUCAGUCGGCAACUCGUCCAUCUACGGCUCGAGUCGCACGCUGGCUGCUUUGGCUGAACAGCAUCAGGCUCCCAAGAUCCUUGCUUACAUCGAUCGCCAGGGUCGUCCCCUCGUUUCCAUUGGCCUUGCUUCCAGUCUUGGUCUGUUGGCUUUUCUUGCAGGCGUUAGGAAAGAUCUGCACGAAGCCGCAUUCAACUGGAUGCUUGCGCUUUCGGCCCUCUCGGCCGUCUUCACUUGGGGCUCCAUCUGCCUCGCCCACAUUCGCUUCCGCAAGGGUUGGAAACAGCAAGGCCACAGCCUCGACCAACUCGCCUUCCGAUCCCAGCCGGGAAUCAUCGGAUCUUGGGUAGGCUUCAUCUUCAAUAUGCUCGUCCUCGUGGCCCAGUUUUGGGUCGCGAUUGCUCCCUUGGACGGAGAUGGCAUGACGGGUUCGUGGCGCGCACAGAACUUCUUCCAGAUCUAUCUGGCCCUUCCCGUCACCCUCGCCUUCUAUGUGCCGUACAAGCUGUACUUCAAUACGCAUGUGGUGCGCGCUCACAACAUGGACCUGCACACCGGCAUCCGCGAGCUCAACCUCGAAGUCCUCAUCGCAGAGGAGCGCGAAGAGCGCAAGGCCUGGCCCAAGUGGCGCAAGGUCUACAAGUUCUUCUGCUGAAUUCCCUCGACGGCUUCUGGCUUUCCACACCAUUCUCUCCUGAUGACUUGCUUCCUUUGCUUGUCUUUUUCGGAUACGGCUGCUUUUGGCGGGGGGCAUAUAUUUGUGUUUUUUUUGCGUUUCUUUUCCUUGCUCUCUUUCUCCGGCGAAGUCAAGCGGGCAUUUUCAAUGAUAUCCCUGGGUCUGUUUUGACUUUUGUUUACACGAAAGCUCUGGCGUUCGUGGUCCGGUCUUCUUCCAAUGCUCUCUCUCUCUCUCUCUCUGGUUCUCAUACCCCCUCCACCAUGCUCUCUAUCACAAAAUCGGUUCAUGCUCUUUGCUUUCUUCUCUUUAAUCUUCUUGUCUUAAUUCCCUUUCUCCUCUUUCCCUUUGUAUGCACACACCCCCAUUGUGAGCGUUCCCGCGUAUCUCCGUCCCCCGUCCAACCCAGUACUUGAAGAAAAAGAGGAAAAAAGGAACAAGGCCUGGUUCAAUCCAGCGAAGUUUAGGUGUUCUUGGAAGGUUCUUCGUCUUCAAGUUCAUAACCGGGGUUUGGUCAUUUUCUCAAACAAAGAUUUGACUUAGCAACUUUGGGUAUUGAGUAUUGAAAUCUCUGAUUUGAAUUACUCUUUUCAAACCGCCCCCCCCCCCCACCAAGGGUCGAGGAAGGAAUUCUUUUCCGAUCCUCUCUCUCUCUCUCCAUGGAAAUACUCUCUCUCUCUUUCUCUAUCCAGCGAACAAUGGAUUGAUGAAGCCCAAAAAAAAAAUCAUAAAUUCAAUACACUAUUCAAAAAAUGUCCGUGUCUUCAAGCAUGUGUGAUACGUUUGAAUAUUGUGAUGUUUUGUUAUUAUUCUUGUUUCUUCUUGCCCCCCUCUCCGUAACAUGCUUUGCAUCAUGCCUUGUAACUCUCGCUCUCCACCAUCAUAUGCAUGUAUUGGCAGAUUCCAAUCCAACAAAUACAGAAUAAAAAGGAUGCUUUCCCUCUUCUGAAGGCCUCUCCCCCC